AUGAGCUGCAAUGGCUGUCGAAUUCUUCGAAAGGGAUGUAACGAGGAUUGUGUUCUCAGACAAUGCAUAGAAUGGAUAAAUAAUCCCCAAGCACAAGCUAAUGCCACCGUCUUUGUUGCCAAGUUCUUUGGCCGUGCCGGACUCAUGUCCUUCAUUUCCUCCGUGCCACAAAGCCAGCGUCCCUGCUGUGGGGAGAACAGUGAACCCAGUAAGUGGAGCAGUGGGGCUUCUCUGGACAGGCAACUGGCAUGUAUGCCAGAAGGCGGUGAUGACAGUGCUUCGCCGCGGGGCAGCAGAGCCGCUGCCAGAAUUGGAGGGGGAGUUUUAGGACCAGAAUUUGAUAAUGUUUCGGAAUGUGGUAGUUUUAGGCCGCCAAUAGAUCAUGUCGGUUCAGGAUCAAAAACAUUGAAGAGAAAGAGGGACGAUGAUGUGGCCAAAUGUGAACCGACGACUGAUCUUGAUCUUUGCUUGCUGUACCAGCGAGCGGAUACACCAUCAGAAGAGUCUGAAACCACAACAUUGGAGAGUGGUUCCGGGAACAAUUGCAGAUUUCAUGAGGGAGGUGAACCAAAGCUUUUGAGACUGUUUGGUUAA